UCCAAAAGUGCUAACCAAACGGUACCUCUCUUUUUUUUCUCCCUGCUUACAUUGGAAAGAAGGACUGGAAUGUUCUAAAGUAUUAGUUACGCCUCUGAAAUUUGUUUUCUGUUUAAGGAAGCGGGUCGACGCCCGCCGUCUCCGUCGCGUUUUAUCUUUCAGCAGGGGACGGUCGAAGCCGAGCCAUUAAUAUCGCCUUUCCGACUUUCCUCAUCUCCACCCCAAUUUAGUUUAGGAUGCUUUUUGCUUUUGGCAAUUUUAUUCGUUGGCUUUAAUCAAGGUUGUUCAUUUCGUCUUCAGUUCAAUCCGACUAUUAGUUGCCGUUUGAAUUGGUGGUUUAUGGUUUUUGAUGGCAAGUGAUAUUGGGAAAUCUGCUACUGCUACUAUGCCUGCUGGGACGGAGAACCUUUCUUCUUCAGGAACUGGUGAUGGGGAUGCAAGUGAUUUUGAAUGCAACAUUUGCUUUGAUAUAGCUCAGGAUCCCAUCGUCACCCUUUGCGGUCACUUGUACUGUUGGCCUUGUCUCUUUAGAUGGUUGCGCCACCACUCGCACUCACAUGAGUGCCCUGUUUGUAAGGCCCUGAUACAGGAGGAGAAGUUAGUUCCUCUGUACGGGCGAGGAAGGACUGCGACCGAUCCUAGGUCAAAACCUGUCCCUGGUGUAGAAAUUCCUGAUCGACCUGCAGGACAGAGACCCCAGACAGCUCCUCCUCCUCAUCCUCAUCCCGAUUCAGCUAACUUUCUGAAUUUUGGUUUGGGACUUGCUGGAGGAUUUCUACCGGUGAUGACUGCAGGGUUUGGUAGCUUUGCCAUGUUGGCUGGUUUUGGUGGGAUUUUGCCGUCGAUGUUCAGCUUUCAGAUUCACGGAUUUCCAACCGCACCUGUAUAUGGCACGGGUUCAGGAUAUCCACAUACUUAUCCUGGCGGUUAUUAUCAUGGUGCUAAUGUUCCCAGAGCUCCAAUGACUCCUCAAGGUUCACAGGCUGAAGAUAACAAGCUACUGAUCCUUCUCCUUAUAAUUCUCAGUCUGGUUGUUCUUUCCUUGAUAUGGUGAUGAGUGAUAAAUACGCAUUAUAGUUUUCAGUCUUACCAUUUUGUAAAUGUUGCGAGGCUUUGCCAGCCCUGCAUGCUGACUGUUAAAUUUGAAUCUUGAUAACAUCUCUGCCCCUUUUUUGCAUUCUUGGUGAGGUUCAUAUUUGGCACAUAACGCUCUUCUCUAAACGAAGUUCAACCUUCUGAGUUCAUGUUUACUACCUACUCAAUGGAAAAUGGAGGGAGGAGCUGUGGAGCGGUAAUAGUUAAAUCACAGCGAAACGACGCAGCUGCCAGUGCCAGGAGAUGAUUUGCCUUGCUCGAGUUGAGUUGGAGAUCACCCGUCUGUACACUGCUCUUUUCCUCUUUGGCACAUAGAUGUGGUACCACGUUUUUCUGAUGCUGUGAUGCAAUCGGUACUUUGUUGGAAUGGGGAAGCAUUCGCAGCGAUGCAGUACGCAUUUUUGCGUCGUGUGAACUGUGAAUAUUAAAGACGAAGUGCAAAGUCAGGACAUUGCGAAAUGGAGAAGGAAAUUCUGUUGAAAGUCAGGAGGACUUUUCUACAAUUAUAUGUAAUGACAAAGUUCUGAUGGUAACUGUUUCAUCUGCCUCAAAAAGAAAAAAUUGUAGAACUUUCGUAAAA